AUGCUACUUUUUGGAUGUACUACCCCAGCAAAGAAUACGCAAUUAUGGAAAGGUCUUGCAACUUGUGAUGCGAAUACUGUCACUCAUAUACUUUAUGCUUGGGCCCGCAAUGCUCCGGAACUGCGUCUUCCUGAUGAUGUUGCUUUUAGUGUUGGUCAUGUUAGCGAUAAUAUUAGAUAUCUCGUCUUACAGAUGCAUUAUGCCCAUCCAUUUAUUGGAAACGUGUUAGAUUAUUCGGGUGUCGUUGUUCACAUGAUUGAUACAAGGCCAAAAUAUUUGGCUGCAGUUUAUCUUUUUGUUUCUGGAUCCCCUAUAAUGCCAGGAUUUGCACAUUAUCAGACUAAUAUUAGUUGCAUUUACAAUGGCGAAACCGAUUUGCAUCCUUUUGCAUUUCGUACUCAUGCACAUAGCUAUGGUCGUGUAAUAUCAGCAUUUUAUAAAAAUCCUAAGAAAGGGUGGACUAUGAUUGGAAAACGAAAUCCUCAGUGGCCACAAUUAUUUGAACCGAUAAAAGCUAAUUUAACGAUUAGUUCCGGAGAUCUCAUGGCUGCAACUUGUGUUUACGAUUCAUCGCAACUGAAGAAAGUCAUUUACAUGGGAAAUACUGGUGCUGAUGAGAUGUGUAAUUUUUAUAUGAUGUUUUACUGGGAUGCUAAUAUGAUGAAUCCAUUUUCUUUCGAAGCAGUCUGCCCAUUACAACAGGAAAAAGAAAUUAUCGAUAAGGAAUACCCGGCUGAAGGAGUAUCUUUACUUCCUCCACAUCCAGAAUUAGAAGAAAAAGCGCAUCAAAGCUCCAAACGUUUUGGUAUUACCGAAGGUUUAAAACUGAUGGAAAUUGAAGGUAUAAAAUUUGGUGAAAUAACUGGCUUAUCCUUCGAUCCUUACGGCAACCUCGUUGUUCUCCAUCGUGCAUCUCGAAAAUGGGACGAAAACACAUUUGAUUAUGCUAAUAAUCUUCGUUAUCAACAAGCCAUAAAUGAAGAUACUAUUUUCGUAAUGAAACUCAGUUCGGACCGUAAGCGUCUUCUACUAAACGCUAAAUAUGGCCGGGAUCAAUUUACCUCCCUUGCUUCAUUUUCUGAAAUUUUAGGCCAGUUGAAAUUAGUCUAUGCACUUGGUGAGCAAUUUGUUCCUGGUUCUGAUCGUAAUCAUUUUUGUAAACCUACUGGUGUUGUAACUACACCCGAUGGAAACGUUUUUAUUGCUGAUGGUUACUGCAACAGUAGAAUUGUUAGAUUUAAUGCGAAUGGUGAAUACAUUUCUGAAUGGGGGCAAGAUUUUGAUGGUUGCCAAAUAAUCAUAAUUUGUUGUUUCACAGGAAAUUUUAUUGCGCACUCAUCUUUUAACCAGUUUGCAAUACCUCACGAUAUAACUUCCAACGAAGAUGGUUCAUCCCUUUAUAUAGCUGACCGUGAAAAUGCUCGAAUUCAAAUCUAUCGUCCAAAUGGUCAAUUUAUUGGAAGUCUUACGAAUCCAUCUAAUAGAACGCUCUUCCUGAAUGUUUAUUCAGCGCAUUAUCAUAAUGGAGCGAUAUAUUUUAUUCCUGGCAAAUCAGACUACCAAAACGUCGAAAUGCAAAUAUUUGUUGGACAUGCAGAUUCAGUUCGUGUGCAAUUCGCGUUCAAGCCUACCAAUUACAGUUUUAACCGACCACAUAUUAUACGUAUUUCACCCGAUGAGCAGUUCAUUUAUAUUGGCGAAUUAGGUGAAAAAAAUGGUGGUCGUCUUCUUCAGUUCGUUUACAAAACUGCGAUAAGUCAGUCGACAACGAAACAACCAACCGAUUUAUAUAAUCUUCGCACCACUGUGGGAAAUAAUCGUAACGUAGCAACGUGGGCCAAUUUCCUCAUUUUCGCAAUACUUAUCACAAGUGUUUUUUUCUCUUUGCUGUUUUGUGUUUUUCGAAAAAAGAAAUUCAUAAGAAGGAUGCAUCAACAGUCCGUCUUGGAUCGAGCAGGUUUUCGUCCAUUAAGAACCGACGAUCCCGAAUCCAGCGACGACGAUUCCGAAGAGGAUACGAUUAUUGCUCUUCGUAAAGGCGUCACUAAUCGCUUUUAA